AUGUACGACCCCGCCCAUCUGGUGCGUGGGGUCUCCCAUACCCCAAAAAUGCAAAAGUCUCAAGCCGGCCGCAAGAAACGUAAGCUGAAGGGCAAGAAGCGAGGUGAUCCGACGGUGAAAGAUAAAGAUGGAGAUGUUUCUUUUGGUUUAGAGAAACAAGAUCCAGAAGAGCUCGCUGAUUUCAUUGAUUUCAUUGCAUCUGAAGUCUUCGAAGCGUUGCCAGCAACACUUCAGACUCUCUCAUAUUCCAAAAUUCAAAAUGAUGCAUCGCUAGCAAAACAAUACAGCGAUGGCACAGAACUCACUGAUGCCGACCUGGAGACUCUAACAGCACCCAUCCCCGUCUCCGUCUCAGAAUCGCUCUCAGUCUACGGCAUCCUUCCAGAGUCACUGGACAUAACAGCAGCUUUCCUCCGCCCAGUCCUCACAGACUACAUAACAUCUGUAACCGCAGCGCCACCAGCAUGGGCCACCACUAAGACAGAAGCCUGCGAGAUUUGCGAACGGGACUGGAUCCCGCUGUCGUAUCAUCAUCUCAUUCCGCGAGAAGUGCACGCUAAAGCGCUCAAGCGUGGGUGGCAUGAAGAGUUUAUGCUGAAUAGUGUUGCGUGGUUGUGUCGGGCUUGCCAUAACUUUGUCCACAAGAUGGCUACCAACGAGGAAUUGGCGAGAGAGUACUAUACUAUCGACCACAUUCUGGAGCGAGAUGAUGUACAGGAUUGGGCGAAGUGGGUUGGACGAGUCCGUUGGAAAGCGCGAUGA